CUUGGUGUUUAUGGCAGAGACGACAUAAAUUUAGUGUAUCAAAAUACGUGCGAUGAACGUGAAUGCUGAAACGAGUGUCUCGAGAGAGAACUUGGAUGAUGUAUGUCGUGUUUGCCUUUCGUCCGAUCCUGGCAACGAGUUUAUUUUCCGAAAUGAGGCCAAGAUUUCAAAUACUAACAACACAUUUACGUUGUCCGAAAAGCUCCAGCUUUACGGUGGCAUAGAGAUCUGGGAGGACGAUGGGCUGCCUGCCAAAAUUUGCACGCUUUGCAUCUCUAAAAUUAGCGUCGCACACGAUUUUCGUGAUCAGUGUCAAAGAGCUGACCAAAAGUUGCGAAAAUUAUAUGGCAAACCAGCAGGAAGAAACACUUUGAAACUUUCCAGUAGUUUUAAGGAUCAGUACUGUCAAACAGAUUCGUCAUCGUCAUGUGUCAAGAAAGAAGAAGAAGUCAGCAUUACUGAAGAGGAAACCAAAAUGCAGCAAAAUGUCCCAAUUAGUAAUCGGUCGACCACAGAGAUCCAAGUAUCUCCUUGGAACAAUUGUACAGAGGACAUAGAAGUUCACGAGCAUAAAAUUUUGCAAGACAUUGUUGAUGUGCCGCAAGCAGAAAGGGAGAAAAGCUCAGUGAAAAGAGAGUCGUACAGAACUCGCAGGGUAUCGAUGUUCAAAAGAAUGACAUCUAUGGAAAAUUUAAAAAGUCACAAAGAAAGACAGAGACAGUAUAUAAAAAAAAACACAAGUUCCAAGGUGGAGUCUAUAGAGCAGGAUUAUUCAAGCGUAAAGCGGAUGACUCGCAAUAGGGUAACUAGAUCGAUGGAAUACAAUUUGGAAUCAGAGCUCUCUCACAAGUGUAGCAAGUGCAAUAGAUCUUAUUCGACGAAAAAGUCGCUGGAGAGACACGCAUUAACUCAUGAUAGUAAAAAGUUCAAAUGCGAUAAAUGUGGUAAAGAAUUUUUUAGACUGGACAAGCUGGUUGAGCACAGUAAACUACACGUCUCAAAGCUCAAGCCAGAGCCUGUAUACUGUAAAAUAUGUGACAAACACUUCAGAAAAAUAGAUACUAUGGUCCGACACCUAAAUGUCCACAAGAAAGCUAAUCCUAGGGAAGUUUUCACUAUACUAAAAGAAAUUAGGGACAGACGAAAGGCGGAAAAUGAAAUAAAAAAUUGUAUAGAGGAUGGGAACAGUGGAAUUAAAAUCGUGAAGGCGGAGCCGAGUAAUCAGGAAAGUAGUAGCGGGGAUGAAGAGAUCAGCAAACGUCUGCAAAUGUCAAAUGAUAAUCAAGACUAUAACCCAGACUCGCUGAACUCGGAUUCGCAGAGCGAAAGCGAGACGGAUUCUUUCAAUAAUCUAGCUUUUUAUAGAUGUAAACACUGCACCAAGUGUUAUUCUACAAAAAAAUCUCUACAGAGACACAUGUUGAUACACGACGAGAAGAAAUUUGUUUGCAAUGUUUGCAACAUGAAAUUCUUUAGGCCAGACAGAUUGAAAAGCCACAGAAACAGGUAUGGGCAUGAUGAAGACAAAGAAUGCUUGGAGCCUCAAAAACCGCCGGAUGACAAAUCUGCAUUGAAAUUAAUAAACAGUUGGAUAAGAGAGGAACUGGAUUCCGACAACGAAGGAAAGGGGUUCCCGUGUGAAAUUUGUGGUAAAUCUUACGUGACCAAGAAAUCAUUGCAGAAGCACAAGGCAAACAUGCAUGAGAACAGAGAAGACUUUUGUGACAAUUGCAAAGCGGAUAAAUGUAAGUGCGCUGAAAGGGUGAAAAAUAUUGAUAAGAAGAAUGAAAAGUUGAAACCAUUCAGCUGCGAUGAGUGUAACAAGUCCUUUGAAAAGGAAUCAAAGCUAGAAAAACACUUGAGAAGUCAUGAGCGUGCCAAGGAACAGCAGGACUCAAAUUUCAAACGAUUUUUGUGUCACAUUUGCAGCAAAACUUUUCGUCAAAAUACAGGACUCAUGUUCCACAUGCGGACGCACACUGGCUAUAAGCCGCAUGUGUGCAAAUAUUGCGGACGUGGUUUUACAUCCAAUUCAAAUUGCAUUAAUCAUGAAAGAACUCACACUGGAGACCGACCUUUUGUGUGCCAUUUUUGCAGUGCAGCCUUUGCAAAAUCUUGCACUCUGAAAGCGCACAUUACGACUCACACGGGAGAAGCUAAUUACCACUGUAAAACUUGUGGAAAAUCGUUUCGACGACUUAAGUACUUGAAGGAACAUAGAUUUACGCAUACUGGGGAGAAACCGUACGCCUGUAAAAUCUGUGGCACUGCUUAUAGUCACUCCGGUAGCUUGUUUGUCCAUGAAAAAAAAUGCAAGGCUCAAUACAGCAACUAUCAAGCCGUUUCUGAGCAAAAUGCGCAAAAUUAUACCCAGUCGCCAACUGGGCUCAACACCUCGUCGGUCAUGGCUCCUAUUAUUCCUAUGCUCUCUUCAUCGCACCAUUUAAAUAACGCUAAUAAUUCUCUGGGGGGUCAUGCUAACAAAAAUUAUGUCGAAAGUAUGCAGAGAAUGAAUGCACAUGCAGCUGCUGUCGCAGCAGUUGGAAAUCCAGCUUUGCAUAUGCAUCCGAACCCGGAAGUUUCAGAGAUGGCUUCAGCUGUGAGAAACUUCGCCAUUAUAGGACAAAUAUUUCACUCGUAAUGAACUGAUAUAUUCCAUAAAAUCCCUAAAAAUUCUCUGUGAUAAGAAAUUGUCUCUACUAGGAUAUUAUUGUAUAAAUUUUUAUAUACUGAUGAAUCUUGCAACACAUGUAAUGAUAACGAAUAUUUACUUAUAAUGACGGAAAGAAAAAUCAAAUUAAAUGCCAAGAAGUCAGUGAUGCAACGGCAUCUAAAAAAUAAAUUUUUAUUCUCUUUAUCGUUUGUACCUUUACAUAUAGUAACUGAAAUAGUAGCAUGUAAUGUAAUGUAUCUACCGAUUAUACAACAGAUAUACAUAUAUAGUAUGUAAAAAGUUAUAUUUUAACAUUUAUAAGAAGCAUAAUAAUAAUAAUGUCGUUUAAUAUUUA